AUGGAGACCAUGUUCCAAGAAACUCAGUACCCAGAUGUCCUCACAAGAGGGGUGCUUGCCAGAAACAUGAAUGUGCCUGAAGCCAAGGUGCAGAUGUGGUUUAACAAUAGGAGAGCCAAGCAGAGGGCCAGGGAGAAGAAAGCAGUGCUCAGGGGCACUUCAGGUGUGAAAGCACAGCUGGUCUUGCGCGCUGGAGAGGAGAGAAAUGGGGAAGAGAGUGACCGGUCCCCUCCUGGGCUGGGAGCCUCAGCACCAAAAUGGGGAGGAGCAGAAGAACUGAGGGUAUGGAGGAGAAAGGGAAGGUAUGGAGAAAAUCGUUCUGCUGUAGACACUUCGGGAGGCAGGGAUGACUGGACCCAAGAAGGUGCCAUUAGCCAUAGGCAGAAGAAUGAGCUGCCUCAGAAGCCAGUCCCGGAACGUGGGUGGGGCACCGUGGAUGUGCAGCCUGGGCCAGUUCUGAUGCCCCGUGUCCAGUGGAUGCCACAUGGCGGAUCCCGGGUACAGUCUGUGUCCCUAAAGGGGCCUGGUGCACAGCCUGUGCUCAUUCCUGUGCCCCAUGUACAACCGAUGCCAAUCAAUGUUCCCCAGGCACAGCAAAUGCCCAUCACUGUGCCCCAAGUCCAGGCUAUACCAGAUAAUGUACCCCCAGCACAGCAUCUAAAAAUCGCUGUGGCCCAUGUCCAGCCUGUGCCCAUUCCUGUGUCCCGUGUGCAACCCGUGCCAUUUAAUGUUCCCUUAUCACAGCCUAUGCCAAUCUCUGUGCCCCACGUACAUCCUGUGACCAUUUCUCUGCCCCAUACUACAGCAGGCCAGAUGGCCUGUGUACUGCCCACAUCAACUGAAGUACCCAACAUACAACCCUUGCCAGUUUUGGUGUCCACUAUAAAGCCUGUGCCAGUGCUGGUGUCUCACCGCCGCCUCCGGGACAGAUUUACAGAACUACACCUGCAGGAGCUAGAACGCUUUUUCCAGAGAAAUCACUAUCUCAGUGCUAAAGACAGAAAACAUCUGGCAAGGUGGAUGGGUGUGACUGAGGCCCAAUUGCAGAGAUGGUUUAAGAAGAGGAGAGAGAACUUCAGGAGAGGACAGAGUCAGUCAGGGAUGAGUGUUGGUACUCCUCCAGAGACCAACCCCACCCUUCUCUCUCCUGAUACCAAGGGCCUCUCCUCCAUUGCUGUCAGCUAA